AGUCGAAGAUUCUCCCGAUCUCUCUGCAAUUAGGUUUAACCAAUCUUCUUCACAUCCAUGGCCAUGGCUCUGCAUCGUAUCAACGAUUCCGCCAAUCUCUCUGCAACUCAAUUCUUUAAAAUCAGCACACACAUUCUUUUCCUUCUAUGGUCUUCUUCUCCUUCUGCGCACGUCAGUUGCUUUGUGCUCUUGAUUCAACACGCAUAUGCAUCAUGUGGGUAGAAGUUUAGAGGGUGAAACCCUUCUUGGCUUCCAUUUUUAAUUAAAACGGAAUGAACAGACACAUUCGUAUGAAAAAAUCCCGCCAAAAUGUUGCAGCAACCGUUCACGCACGAUCUUGAAUGCACAAUCUCUAGACACUACAAUCUCGCUACCAAGUCUCUUUAUCUGUUUCUGUCAAAUCGGAGAGCCACGUUAUCAGCCAUGCGACAUAGCCUUCUUUUGAUCUUUUGCAGAGAACUACAGACUAGACGCGUCAGUGUGCAGGGAUUCACGAACAGGGUGAUAAUGUCUCUCCUUUCGAGACUUGCAAUAGGUCAACAACAUCACACCUCAACAACGACACCGCCAUUUUAAAGUGGACUUGAUUGGGGAUUUUAUCGAUGCUAAAGACAAACAAAUGACAUGACUUCGAGAUAGUAUAUCAAGAUUCACACCAAUGAAGAAGAACCUGAUCU